CUCCCUGAAUUAGCGACAUCUUUGGUGUGUUUAUGGUCUUAUUCUGACUGCUCAGCCGUUCACUAUCUUGUUUCCUUCCUCUUUUAUGCUCUUAACAGCAACACUCGUUUGAUAUAUCUCCUUCGCGUCGGUCACUGUCGCCACAGUACCAUCUCUCUCUGUCCCCGUCCUUGCCUGGCUCGUCUUUUCCCUGGGGCCGAACUCAUAGGUAGCGCUGGGCAGUGAAAGUACCGAUACAGCGUACAUUAAAGAGAGGGAUUCUCAAUCGCCGACUCAAAAACACGCAAGCACGAUACUGCUGCUACUUCUGACUCAAUGUCCCUUGUUGAUUAAGUCUGCUUGCUUUCGGUCCGGCGUCUUUUGCAUCCUUCGUCGCUCUCAGUACCUGUUUUAUUCUUGAUCAGGUUGAUCCUGCUCCCGAUUUCUGAUCGAUUCGACUGGUGCGAAAGAUUGGAAUUUGCUUGAAUAGUGCUGUUUAAUCACCCUGGGCAUAUUUGGCUUUACGUUGCCCGUGUGCCUCCUAAGGACCUCAUGCGGUUUCGCCUGAGAUCAUAAAUUACAACCCGUGCUUGUCAAAAUGCGAAACUUUGUCUCUGCACAUCUCACCUUUGCCGCGCUAGCUCUGUUACCUGCCUGGGGUUAUGCCGCUGAUACCCUGAGCACAGGGAGUCUUUCGACCUGUUUGACUGACUCCGAUAUCCAGGUGAACAAGCUGGACAUAAGUUUCUCUCGAUCUAACAAGACCAUCGAUUUCGACGUGUCUGGCACAAACAACAAAGAACAGAAUGUCACGGCGUCACUUUCUGUCACUGCCUACGGGAACGAGGUAUACACUAAAGACUUUGAUCCCUGCGAUGACGCCAAUUACGUUGAACAACUUUGCCCUGUCCCGGCCGGCACUUUCUCCGCAACAGGGUCUCAGACAAUCCCCGACGAAUACGUAAGCCAGAUUCCUUCGAUUGCCUUCUCGAUACCGGAUCUGGAUGGAGUGGCCAAACUGGAGUUAAAGUCGAAGGACGACGGCAAAGAGGUUGCGUGCAUUGAGUCUGAGUUGAGCAACGGAAAGUCAACGGAAGUUCCCGCUGUGUCUUAUGCUGCUGCUGGUAUGGCUGGAGCUGCACUUGCUUUGAGCGGACUCUCAGCCCUGGGCUCAGCGGGACACGUCGGCUCUGCUACUUCUAGUCCCGGGUUCGGAGAAGUUAUGGGUUGGUUUCACACCAUGGCCACCACUGGCAUGCUUAGUGUCAACUACCCCAAAGUCUACAGCAGUUUUGCGAAGAACUUUGCGUUCAGCACUGGUUUAAUACCGCUGGAACAGAUGCAACACUCGAUUGACAACUUCAGGAAAUUGACGGGUGGUAACCUUACUCAGAAUAACUAUGACUACUGGAAAGGUGUUAGCUCAUCAUCUGGCACCAACCAGAAGAGAUCUCUGAAUGCAUUAUACGGAGCAGCUCGACUGUUUGCGCGUGAAGUUGAUGCGUCAGUGAACAGCACAUCUUCCGGCAACGAUACGUCGAGCGGCAUAGACAUUUCGGUGGAUGGAUUAUCAAGAAUGAGCAAGGAGCUGCUUAUUCCUCAGUCGAAUACGUUCAUGACAGUCCUGCUGAUUUUCGCCAUUGUCAUUGCCGCAAUCACCGUGGGAAUCUUGCUUGUCAAGGUGAUACUCGAGUUGUGGGCACUCAAUGGGUCCUUUCCUAAGAAGCUCGCCAAUUUUCGCGAGCAUUAUUGGGGCCUCCUUGCGAGAACGAUCACCAAUUUGAUUCUCGUUGUCUAUUCGAUCUGGGUCAUGUACUGCGUGUACCAGUUCUCAUCGGGAGACUCCUGGGCAGCACAGCUCCUCGCAGGAGUGACCUUGGCAAUUUUUACCGGAAUCCUCGGAUUCUUCGCCUAUCGCAUCGUACAUCUAGCUCGCAAGUACAAAAAGGCUGGAGGCGACGCAUCACCGUUAUACGAGAACAAAGAGGUUUGGCGGAAGUACAGCCUUUUUUAUGAUAACUAUAAGAAAGGCUGUUGGUGGCUUUUCAUUCCCGCCAUCCUGUAUAUGCUUAUCAAAGGCUGUAUAAUUGCUGGUGCAAAUGGGCAUGGACUGGUCCAGUCAACUGGGCAACUUGUUGUUGAAGCGCUAAUGUUGGGUCUCCUGCUUUGGCACCGGCCGUAUGUUGCCAAGUCAACUCAAUGGAUCAACAUUACUAUUCAGGUAGUGCGGGUUUUGUCUGUCGUUUGCGUGUUGGUUUUUGUCGACCAGCUUGGACUCUCCCAGACGACCAAGACAGUCACUGGUGUUGUCUUGAUCGUUGUUCAGUCAGCAUUGACUGGUAUUCUUGCCAUUCUUAUUGCUGUCAACGCCAUUAUUAUUUGCUGCCGUGAAAACCCCCAUGCGAGGCGGAGGAAGGAAGCUGAAAAAAUGAACCGUGACAUAGACGACCUUACUCCUCUCGAUGCUCGCGAUUCACUCUUGAUGGACCAUCCCCCUCGCAAAGAUUAUUCCGAAAUGAGCAACUUCAACUUCACCCGCCCAUACGAACCUUUCCGGGACACCGACCGCCUGGUAGACUCUCAGUACCAUGACAAUCCCCGAUACGGUCGGAACGUGAGUAGAGGCAGUCGGGGUAGCAGCGACAGCCGCGACAGCCAUGGCUCUCCUGACGGCCGUCAUCCGACGAAGCCUGGAUAUGGGUUUGCCUAUUGAAUUCUAGAGUCAUAAGUCUUGGGUGUUUUAAUGCAAAUCAUUGUAUGUCUUCCUGGUCAUUUUGUCCUCAGCUUCUUGUGCAUGAAGCGUCUUCUUUCCAAGCGCCGAAUUGAUGACUUAGCGUUUCUUGUUGGCCACAUUGUUUUACCUUCUGCUCUCUUCACAUCAAGCUUUUUGUUGGUGGCUCCAGUGUCAGAAUCUUCAUACCGUCAUUUAUAUCAUUUCAUUCUCUCAAAUUAAGACCAAAUUGAUUCAUC